GAUUUGACGAGGGUUUGUUAUUUGUUGGUAGAUUGACAAAUUAGUCUGAGAAUCUUCACCAAAACCCUCCAAAUCGAAUUGGACGCAUGGAAGGUUUUCGGAAUGUUGUUCGUAGAAGUUCGGGCGAGAGGUCUUCCUCGGUGCCCUCCCGCGUGGAAAGCUUAAAUGCGAAUGGCGGAGGAGCAGGAGAGAGUGUUGCUGUUUCUUCUGCUGCAUCGCCUUCUUCCCUUUCUUUGGCUACGAGGCCUGCCAGUCGAAGUGUGUCUUGGUUGACGUGCUCGAAACUUUGUGCAAUUUGCUUUGUUGCUGGAGUAGUUUUUGGUUACACACUAAAGCGACGUGUCAGGCGGUUGGCUUCCAAACUUCUCAAGUACCUGAAAGAAUAGUUUGCUUCAUUACGGAUGCUAAUUCAAUUCAAUGCAUAUUUGACCAAGUAGAAGAGAUGGCUACUGUGUUGGGGGCACGAUAUCUUGCUUUUAGACUCUUGGGUUGUCCAAGGAGUAUAGAAAAUCAAUUCAUUCGCCUUAGUUAUUAGGCUUAAACUUCUUAUUCCCACAUAGGCCUCUGUAAAGUAUACUGAAUGUAUUUUCUCUUGAAGCAGAUUACUUUUUUCAGUCAGAAUUGUGGAUGCUCUAUGUAUGGCCACUCAUUAAACGAUAUUUUGCGUUGUGCCAGCAAUUUAAAAUGGUAUUUUCGUUGUAUUGAAAAUAUGUA